UGAACCAGGAGCUUUCCUCUUGGAAUACAGAGGUGAACUCAUAUCAGUUGAAGAAUGCCGGUCCAGACACUACUCCGAGAAAGAGAGUACAUUUCUGUUUGAAUUUGAAUGGCAAAAACAUCGCUGGUGCAUUGAUGCAUCAAAAGAAGAUGGCUCUCUUGGAAGAUUAGUGAAUGACAACCAUAAAUCUCCAAACUGCAUCAUGAAAAAAAUCAUAGUAAACAACAGACCACAUCUGUGUCUAUUUGCUGUGAAGAAAAUAGAAAUUGGAACUGAACUUGAGUACAACUACGGUGAUUGUGAAUGGCCAUGGCGUAAAAAGAUAACGCACAAGCAGACUCCUGCUGUGGCAGCAGAGACUGAGAUGUCCCCCAGACACGGUGCUUUGCAUGAGAAUUCAAACCAAGAUGAUGCGUGUACACAGGUAAAAAUCAGGCAGGCUCCUGCUGUGGCAAUAGAGACUGAGACGUCCCCCAUACAUGGUGCUUCACAUGAGGAUUCGAGCCAAGAUGAUGCUCAUGCACAGGUAACAAUCAGGCAGGCUCCUGCUGUGGCAGUAGAGACUGAGACGUCCCCCAUACAUGGUGCUUCACAUGAGGAUUCAAGCCAAGAUGAUGCUCAUGCACAGGUAACAAUCAGGCAGGCUCCUGCUGUGGCAGUAGAGACUGAGACGUCCCCCAUACAUGGUGCUUCACAUGAGGAUUCAAGCCAAGAUGAUGCUCAUGCACAGGUGUUAACCCUCGUGGAUUAUCCCCUAAGUGAUGAAACAGAUGAGGACUGCAUAGAAGACCCACUUCUAAAUCUACACUGCAAUGAGAUGUACAGAAUAUCAGAUGUUUGUGAGCCUCUGUUUAGUUCAAAUGAGAGCACAGUGGAUGAAACUGAUGAGGAUUCCAUGAAAAACUAUUCUGGUGUGCAUUCAGAGCACAACAUUGUUCCAAAGUUAAGAAGGACAAAGAGCUUAUUGAUGGAUAGGAUACCAGAUUUUUCUGAUGCUCUUUUUGAUUCAAGUGAGGACAGCAGCGAAGGCCCUUCCUUUAAGUCUGAAAGAGCUUCACGAAGGCUGCAACCCAGACUGUUGCCAUGGAGACUUGUUCACAAGAGGACAUGGAAGGCGGUGUGCCACAAGGAGAGGAUUUAGAAGAUGAGGACAGUGUGCCACCCCUAUUUGAAUGUACCUCAUCAUCUGCUCAAAACGAAGCGGUGUCAGCAAAAAUGACAGAAGCCAGUGUGGCACAAGGCGGGGACUCAGAUGAUGAUGGUGUGGCAUCCCUACAAGAAUGUACCUCAUCAUCUGCCCAAAAGCAGAUGGUG